AUGCUGGACGCGCUUGCUCAGGGCCUAAAAGAGGCCAAGGCGCGCGCCCUGGUGGGGCCGGCGCUGCAGCUGGACGCCUUUCUGGACACUAUGCUCCGCAGCCGCAUCACGCGGCGCGUGCUGGCGGAGCAGCACCUGGGGAUCAGCGGGGGCGGGGGCGGCGUGGUGGAGGGGGCGCUGGGGGUGGCGGACGCGGCGGAGUUUGCGGGGCAGAGGGCGGCGAUGCUGUGCGCGGAGGUGUAUGGUGUGGCUCCCGAGGUGCGCGUGUCGGGUGACACCCAGGCCGUGCUGCCUUACAUCCCAUCACACCUGGAUUACAUGAUGUACGAGGUGCUCAAAAACGCAGUCCGUGCGACCGUGGAGCGCCACACCGCCGGCGGCCGCGCGCCGUCGCCGCGGCUGCCGCCCGUGCUCGUGCGCGUGUGUGCGGGCCGCGACGCCCUCUGCCUGCGGAUCAGCGACGCGGGGGGCGGCAUUCCGCAGGAACACCUGUCCUCGGUGUGGGCCUACGGCUUCACCACCUGCAGCGACACCGGCAGCAGCAGCGGCGCCAACAGCGGCAACAGCGGCGGCGGGACGGACGGGGAGGCCCCGGCUGCGGACGCCGCCGCGGCGCGCCCAGGCAGGGGCCUGGGCCUCGCGGAAGUCUCAGAGGCGCCACGUCAGCGCUACAAGCUCGCCGGGCUCGGUUUUGGGCUGCCGCUGUCGCGGCUGUAUGCGCGCUACUUUGGGGGCGACCUGGCGCUGCAGAACCUGCCCGGGUAUGGGGUCGACGCCUACCUCACCCUCAAAAACCUGAGGCACCUCUCGCGCGACUGGUCGGAGCGGGACCACUCUUGA